AUUUGGGAAGCUUCUUUUUUUUUAAAAAAAAGGUUUCCGAAAUUAGAAUGGGUGGGGUGUAUUUUGCAGGUUGACGGGCAGCCAUGCGUACUGGAAAUUUUGGACACAGCUGGCACGGAACAGUUCGCAUCCAUGCGCGAUUUAUAUAUCAAAAAUGGACAAGGUUUUGUGGUUGUUUACUCAAUUACGAGUCAGCAAACAUUCCACGACAUCAAAACGAUGCGUGAACAAAUUGUCAGGGUUAAGGGUACAGAUCAAGUGCCCAUAUUAUUGGUUGGCAACAAAUGCGACUUAAUUCAUCAGCGGCAGGUCCGAACUGAAGAUGGUCUUGGAUUAGCGGAAUAUUGGUCCUGUCCAUUUACGGAAUGUUCGGCAAAGAAUGCUCACAACGUAAAUACAGUUUUCGCAGAAAUCGUACGUGAAAUGAAUUAUGUCCAGAAUGCACGUACCAAACAGAAUCAGGGAUGCUGUACAGUGCUUUAA